AUGGCCCAGGACGGCAAUCUCAGCAGCGCAGCUGCAGAGCGCGAGCUCCGAAAGGCUCGGCUGCAAGAGCUUUGCGCCCAACGUGCUGCGCGCCUCAAAGAGGCGCAGGCCCGCGAGCGGGUGGCGCAUGCCCGCGCAGAAGCAGAGCGGGAGCUUUGCACAGAGCGAUGGUCCGGGCUUCAAAUCGUCGACCGCCUCGUUCGCCAGGACAAGUGGGAUGCCUCCAUGAAGGGCAAGGAACUGGUGCAUCUUCGACAUCUCGCCAAACUGUUCAGCACCCACCGUUUCGAGGUGGUCAUCGCCGUGCUGGCGGCUGCCCCGAGGAAGCCCACGAAGAAUGCCCAGGGCGAGCAAGUCAUGGUGCCGCGCCCGGGAAGGGUCCCAGACUGCAAGCUUGACACUUCUUUUGGCAAUGUUAUAGUAUGUUGCAAUACACUCAUAUAA